CGGCAAGGUCGUCGAGAAAUCGAUGAUAUAAAGAGCCUCAACUCACUCGGCAACACAGAUCGCUUUUCACUGGGUUCAGUACUAGAACUAAUAGCCCAAUAAUUCGUUCUGCAGCCACGAAACCUUCGCAUAGCCAAGAAAGAGGAUUAAACCAAAGAAAUGAAGCUUUUCGCUAUUAUUACAUGCCUGGUGGCGUUUGCCUCGGCAACCUACGAUCCUGACUACGAAAGCACAAAAAUGUUCUUGAUGAGCUCAAAACCAGAGGACGUGCAAGAUAUGAUUAAGAAACUCGAAGCUAAUGGAAACGAACUCCCUAAAAACGUUAAACGAGUCAUUGAGGAACAUCCCGAACUCCUGCCACCACAAGCCCCGGCUUCCACCAGUGAACAUCUGUUGGUAUUUGAAGGCUCUGAAAAGUUGAGUAAACGUAAAUUGACCACCAUCACGAGAAAAGUUGAAGGUCUCCGUAAAAAACAAGAAGAAAGCAAAAAAACAUUCGUUCCCAAAAAAAUCACACCCAAAAGAAAGGGAAAAGCAUGCAAUGUUGAUGACGAUUGUCCUUACAUGCAUUACUGCGAGGAUGUCGCCGACAGACUGAAAGAAAAUUUGGAUGCUCACAACUCGUCCGAAUACUUCAACUUCACCAAACAAAGGUUGGACAUCACCACUAAAGAAUGUGUUAAGCGAAUCGAUGAAUUCAUGAGAACAAAUGGAGCCAGAAAUAUCCCUAAUGUGUACAAGACUCACAAUUCAGUUGUCAGCGUACUUCAAAAAGUUGGUGCUCGCAAAGAAAAGGGUUUACAGAACUAUGCUACCACAUUCAAAUUCGUUCAAACAUACAAUAUCACUUCCAAUAUGGUGGAACCGAUGGCAAGACACGGGGAAAUGUCUUACGAAGGCGGCACUGGUGAGAUGGAUCCGAGUUUACUGAUGAUCAUGCUAAUGAGUGGAUUGCUAGGAAAUGGCGGCGGAGACGACGACGACCAGUUCGAAACUUUCCUAAUGAUGUCUAUGAUGGGAGGGGGCGGCGGUAACAUGAUGAAUAAUCCGUUCCUUAUGCUGUCACUUUUGGAUGGGGAGGGUGGAUUAGGGGGCGGAGAUGAUUUAAUGAUGAUGAUUAUGCUCACACAAAUGGGCGGCGUUGGCGGCGCAAACACCGCCAUGCUGCCUCUAUUUAUAUCCAUGUUAACCAAGAACGAUAACGGUGAUGAAGAUGACGACUCGCUGAAAAGUUUAUUACCGUUGAUCCUUUCAGGAAGUCUUGGAGGUGGAAAAUGUCAUGGUGGAUCAGACGGCGGCAUGGGUGGCCUCAUGCAAUACCUGUUGUAUAGCUCUCUGUUCGAUGAGCUAGACAGCAACUUGAUGCUUAUGAUACUCCUCGGUGGAAAUGGAUGCGGCUCAGGCGGCGGGGAUAUAAUGCAAAUGAUCCUUCUGCUAAACGCCUUUGACGAUGACGGUGAGGGCUCAUUAGGAGGUUUGGGCGCACUCCCACUUUUGAUGAUAUUGGGUGGAAUGGGAAGCGGAAGCGGCAAAAUGGAUCCAUCAAUCCUGAUUUUGGCUUUGUCAGGUGGCAUGGAAAUUUCGGAACUUAUGCCUUUUUUGAUAUUCUCUGACCCUCGAUAUGCCAAUAGUCCAUUGCCGAUGUUACUUUUACUCGGCGGUGAUUUACUCGGCGGUGACAUCGACCCUAUCCUCAUGAUGGCAUUGCUCUUUUCCGGUGGAGAUUCAGGUUAUACCGGCAAUCAAGUCUAUACGCAUCAAGCUGUCCAGGUUAAUAGCCAGUACCAGGACAUUCCGCCAGCGGCUGGAUCUCAAUACGCAGGCGGUAGUUGGACAGUAUCUGGAUCUGGCGGACAGUCGCACUCUUCAUCGGGCGGCGGAAUGUUUGGCGGUUUAUUAAGUGGAAAGGGAUCAGGUGGUGGAAUUUUCGAAUUCUUCUUGUUUAUGAAGUUGUUUGACACUGAAGGUGAGGGGAAUGAUGAUAUUCUCCCGUUAUUGUUAAUGAUGACAUUGCUUGGAGGCGGAGGUGGGUUUGGUGGUAGCCAAGAUCACGGUCACCAUCAUUAUCAGGAUCCUACCCAUUAUGGCUAUCAACAAGGCGCACAAGUCGCACCACAAGGAUAUCUUGCAAUCACAGGACAGGCACAACAACACCAAGGAGGAUUAUUAGGAGGACAGGUUAUACAGGGUUAAUAUCCAGUCAAACUUUUUAACACUUGUCGCCAUUGUUGACUUCAUUGCGUCACAGUGGUUAUCGAAACUCCCAUCAAAUAAAAUAAAAAGAAGAAGGCAUUGGAAAUGAAUUGUUAGCAACAGACUUACUAUACAGUUAAGUUUUACGUUGUAACAAGAGUCAAAUUUUGAGGCACCGGAACAAACUGGACGCUAUCAUUUAUUUUAAAGAAGAAAGGCCCAUUCUGACCUCACAAUCCCGAAAUGGUGAUUUUUAAUUUAUUUUUCUUGUAAUACAAUAUGUUUUGAGCCUACAUAUUAAAUAUAUGCUUAGUAACAGA